CCGGAAACACUUCUAGUUUAAAAUGCUAACGAUGGAGCGGCUUGCAGAAAGAGCGUGGAGGCCACCUCGAGCCUGUGAAGAUUACUUCAGUGAGUUCAGGAACUGCAAAAGUUUGAGGAAUUGUUUUCACCAUUACUACACGUACGGCACAGCCCCAUCCUGCCAGCAGUGGAAAGCAGACUACCAUAACUGCAAAAAAUGGGAAAGUCACAAACUCACUGAAGCUAAGGAAGCAUUACAGGGAAGUGAAAGGAGACGAUUGGAAGAGCAGAAAAACUUCACCCCAGUGUGGAAACUGAGGCAGGCACCUCCUGGUGACUGGCACAGACCUCUGGACCAGGAAACCCAGCAAGACUCCUGAUCUGAAGAGCCGUCUGCCGCUGCUCUAUGAGUCAAUGCAAUAUGAUGUAGUUCACUUCAUGGACAAUCCACUGACACCUGCUGUUUCUAAACUCAUUCAUAAACAGUUAAAAAAUUAAUCUUUGGACUCAAAGGAGGGACUAGUUGAAAUGUAACUUCAUGUAGUUCCCAUAAUUUAAGAACAUAUUUAAAUUGCAAAAGCUGUGCUUUGUUUAUUUAAGAGUAAACAUUAAAGCUUUACUUUAAUUCAAAUGUAUAAAAUGAAAUCAGUUUAGUGUUCAAUGCUUCUAUAAUGUAAGUUUUGUUAUCAUAGUUAAGCUACUGCUAAUUUAGUUCCCUGCUUUAUUUCAGGAAGUAAAAAAAUCUUAUAAAAUAAAAAAUUCUAAACUUAAAAAAUUUUUAUCCAAAACUAGAGAUCAUCAUAGUAGAGAUGCAUAUUUUGAAAGGUGGUUUACAGUCCAAACUAGCUGUGCUGUAAUGUAGCAUCACUGUUUUUCUCUCAUUAUAUAUAGAUUCAACACAUGAAACAAUCAGUGCUUUAAUUAAACAAAGAACCUUUUAUUUUCAA